AUGGAUGCCGAUCAGGACUUCCGGUCCUUGCGGGGGAUGUCUCCGCUCCCUGAUCUCAUGAACGACCCUGCGUAUGCGACGAAUACAGACUCAAAAGGCAAAGGAAUCGAUGAACCGGAUACGUGCCGUAUCUGUAGGGGCGAAGGAUCGGAAGAGGAACAAUUAUUCUAUCCCUGCAAGUGUAGCGGAAGUAUAAAGUUCGUUCAUCAAAGCUGCUUGAUGGAAUGGCUAUCGCAUUCGCAAAAGAAAUACUGUGAGCUAUGCAAGACGCCGUUCCGAUUUACGAAGCUCUACGAUCCCGGAAUGCCGUCAAAGCUACCGGCCCCCAUCUUCAUACGAGAACUCGCAAUACAUGGUCUCCGCUCCCUAGUCACAUGGUUACGGCUCGUCCUGGUCGCCUUCGUAUGGCUUGGAUGGUUGCCGUGGUCCAUGCGUGCGAUAUGGCGUGUUCUGUUCUGGCUUGCCGAUGGACGAUGGCCGAAUAAUAAUUUUGUUCAGACACCGUUACCUACAGCGAAUCAGUCGGACGUACACGCUUCGAUUGCUACUGGCCGGACACUAUCCAGUGACGCAGCGACGUCUUCCGCCACUCACAUUGCUGUGUUAUCUCCAGUUUCGUCAAUCUUAAAUCUUUCCAACGAAGAACCGCUAGGCUUCUCCGUCGCUAAACGGAUCCUUUUGAAAAUUCUCCUUCCAACUCUUUCGACUUCUAGCGGAGACAACGCUAGUCAAGCCUCAUCUCUUCCCUCUGGACGUGUGCGCCAACCCUCCUGGUUAUCAAAUGUCACGUUUCUAAACUCCUUGACGCCGUCUCCCACAGUGAACAAUAUCGUGAUAGACACACUGGAAGGACAAUUGAUUACGCUACUGGUAGUGGUAUCGUUCAUUUUGGUGUUUUUGAUUCGCGAGUGGGUUGUCCAACAACAACCCGCAGUCAAUAUUGCGGAAGAUGAGAGGGAGGCUGCAAUGCGACUGAUGGCCGAGAAUCGAAAUCAACCUGAGGCUGCACCUCCCGCGCCUUUGGAGGCUCGAGACAUGCCAGUCCAAGUUGCCGAUGAUAAUCCAGAUCUUGCACAAGUGGACUAUGAACGAGGUGUACAAGAUUAUGCCAUCAACGAUGACGAGUCUCGCGCUAGCAGUACACUCUCUUCGCCACGAUUGUUGCCUGUCGAUUCUCGCCCCACUAUUCAAAUGCGAACAUCAAGUUCUCGCCCGACACUGCGAUCAAGGAAUGCUCUAGAUGAUGCCUCGAACAUUCGACGAACGAUUGAAGAGACAGUGAACGAACCCAGCAGUCACACUUGGCCAGGCAUAGAGACGUUCAAGGAUCUCUGGCUCCGCGGAGAUGGAAAUCCUGAUGAGAUCCUACGCAUCAUCCAGGAAGAGGGCCGAGAAGAUGAACUUAGUUGGGUCGUCAAUGCUAUGAUGACAUUGAAGCAAAACAAUGCCUCACGUGGCACGUCUUCAGGCAACUUUGACUUCUCGGAUCAUCACGAAGAGGCGCCUCUCGAGGGUCCAUCUGAGUCCGCUAGCAACAGACAUGCAAAUCCUGAGUUACUCCACAAUGCUAGUUCAGAGUCUUCUUAUGAAAUCCUGGAAUCUACAGCACCGCCCGAAAAUCUACCCAGCGGAACUUCCCAAGCGGACAGUUUUGAGCUACCCCAGGAGACAAUCAAUUGGUCGGAAGGAGAUGUAGAGACCGCAUUUGAGAGAAUGACAGCUCCAGAAACUGCGCCGCUUUCUGAGGUUCAGGAGGUCCAGGUGCCGCUCGUCGAAUUCCAUUCUGAAGUUGCUACUGCUGCCGUUCCGGACUCCGGCGACCGUCAACCUCAGCAAAACAUCACAGACACUCCGCAGACUUUUAUAAACCGUGUUUUCGAUUGGUUUUGGGGAGAGCUUGAAGCCCCUCAGGCGCCAGAUGCUAAUGUCCAAGACGUUGAGCAUGUCGUCGAGGAUCCGGCACUAGAGGCACCCUUCAUUCCAGCACCGAACAGGCAGAAUGAAGCUGCUGAUGCACCAGCUCCGAACCCAUGGCGAGAACCUGUAGCUCCCCAAGGCGAUAAUCGUGACGCCAACGACAUUGAUGCUGUUGAAGAAGGUGACGAUUUCGAAGGCAUUUUGGAACUGAUAGGUAUUCAGGGACCAAUAUUUGGGCUUUUGCAAAAUGGUGUAUUUUGCGCCCUUCUUAUCUCCUUCACGAUAGCUGUCGGUAUUUGGCUACCUUACCUUUGGGGAAAGAUCGCACUAGUCUUCUUCACAAGUCCAGUACGGCUCGUGAUUAGAGUUCCUCUGGCGAUGCUCUCUAUCACAGCGGAUGUGGUUGUCGAUUCUCUUAUUGGUAGCGUCGGAUAUGUCCUGUAUGUGGUUAGCUUUAUCACGAGGAACCUUUUGCGUCCAGUGGCGGGUAUCAUACCAUUCUUGGACCGUGUUUCUCAGGGCACUUCUUUCACGCAGACAUCAUUGACUCUUAUCGACGGUAGCAGCCAAAGACUCAAAAGAGUACUGGGGGGUUUCUUCGACUUCCAAGACUCUGACCUCCCCAUGUUCUCGGUUCUUGCUCAUCAGGCAUUACGCAUUCAUGAAGCUCGCAUUGUCAUCAUCGUACGAAUGGUCUUUGACGGUGUUAAAUUAAUAUUGUAUGAUAUUCCCAUCAAACUUCUUUCGUCCGAUGACAGGAAUGGGUUGUUGGCUGCUGUAUCAAGCAUUGACAUGGCGGCUAUACUGGCCGGUGUCAAGGCCCAGCUGAUUAGCCUUUCUGGUUUCCUCUUGUCGUUGUUUGGCCCAUCCGAAAUGGGCAACGACAGCGCGGUUCUCAUUCGCCCGGACUACGAACUUGCACGUUGGGACACGAAAGACCGAACCAUCGCCAUUGUGAUAGGAUAUGUGUUCGCUUCUCUUCUUGGCAUUUUCUACCUGAGGGUUACCGGGUUCUUCGCUGGAGCAAACCGUGGACAAAGACCAGAAGGUGUCGUUGCUGAAAUACUCAACCAGGCUGGCGGCGUCAUGAAGGUGAUUCUUAUCAUCGGCAUCGAAAUGCUCGUCUUCCCUCUUUACUCCGGAUUGCUCUUAGACCUAGCUUUGAUGCCACUGUUUGAGAAUGCCACUUUGGCCUCAAGGGUUACCUUCACAAUGUCGUCGCCACUCACGUCGCUGUUUGUGCAUUGGUUCAUAGGCACAUGUUACAUGUUCCAUUUCGCUCUCUUCGUAUCAAUGUGUCGCAAGAUCAUGAGAACCGGUGUACUUUACUUCAUACGUGAUCCUGAUGAUCCAAACUUUCACCCAGUGCGCGAUGUCCUUGAGCGUGAUAUUAUCACACAGUUGCGAAAGAUUGCAUUUUCUGCUUUGGUCUACGGUGGCCUAGUAGUCAUCUGUUUGGGAGCUGUGGUUUGGGGCUUAGCAUAUUCCUCUGACGGUGUCCUCCCAAUCCACUGGUCAUCUAACACCCCAAUGCUUGAAUUCCCCGCGGAUCUACUAUUCUACAACUUCGUCAUGCCCGUUAUUUUGCGAGCAAUCAAACCGUCAGAUGGACUACACAGAAUGUAUGAUUGGUGGUUCCACAAGUGUGCUCGGUUUCUGCGAUUGUCACAAUUCCUCCUUGGGGAGAGAAGAAAAGAUGAAGAAGGACGAUCUGUUGGCCGUACAUGGAGUGAUAUCUUAUUCGGGAACAAAGGCGAUGUAGAAAAUCCAAUUACUACCGAUGAAGAUCAAGAGGAGGUGGAGGAGAAAGGCAAGGGUAUACGUUUCCUUCGUGAUGGCAAGUUCGUUCGCGCUCCGGCUUCUGAUCAAGUGCGAAUCCCCAAGGGAAUCAAGGUUUUCCUCGAAGUAACCGAGGACAAUGAACGUGCAGAUGGCAAUACAGACAACGACGAAGGACUGCAUGGGAAGAAGAGUGACAUGUUUACUCAAGUCUAUAUUCCGCCCAAUUUCCGACUCCGAAUUUUCGUCUUCAUCUUCAUGAUCUGGGUCUUUGCAGCUGUCACAGGGGUCGGAGUGACCAUCGUUCCACUCGUUGUCGGUCGCCGCAUCCUCUCAUACUUCUUCCCGCAAGUCACUCGAAUGAACGAUAUUUAUGCAUUUUCAGUCGGCAUGUCUAUAUUGCUGAGUGCGGGAUAUACCGUUGUCUAUAUGCGAGUCGGAUAUCAAAAAUUGCAAAACGGACUCCAACCCAUGCUCUCCAACCCCGAACAAGUGGUCAUCGAAGCGGCUGGAUUUGUACUCCAUGCCGUGCGAUUACUCUACCUAGCCGCGACGUUUGUGCUUCUUAUUCCAUCUCUAUGCGCUUUGCUUACAGAACUGUAUGUCCUGGUACCUAUACACACCUACAUAAACGGACAACAGGCACAUGUCAUCCAUUUCGUUCAAGACUGGGCGCUUGGUGUUCUCUACGUGCAAAUGGCCUACAUGUUCCUGCAAUGGAGGUCCAAUUCACGACCAGCGGUUGCUCUCCGCAUGAUUGUGAACGACGGAUGGCUGCGACCGAAUACCGCGCUUGCUACCCGAGCACUCAUUCUACCCGCUGUGAUCUUCACGUUCUUGGCUGUCUCACUACCAUUAGGCUUCGGCCUAAUUGCCAAGGCGACAGCGUUUCCAGAUAAUGCGACGGUCACACAGUCCACAGUCUACCGCUAUUCGUAUCCUGCGACUCUCGUGGCAUGUCUAUCUAUCUAUGCACUUUACCUGCUCCGAAGACAAAUUGAUGUUUGGCGAGCCAAUAUCCGUGAUGAGGUGUACCUAAUUGGCGAACGACUUCAUAAUUUUGGAGAGAAACGAGCCAGAGACGUUACGGGCGUUGGGCGACGCGUAAGUACAUCAUAA